AUGGAAACCUACAUUGGAUACAUCAAGACCCCUCAAGAUGCUCUUGUUGUCUUUGAGGCGUGCCGACGUGGCCAGUUGUCCCGUGUUCAAAGACGUUUAUCAUCAAAGGAACGUGUCCAUAUCCAAUCGGGAUCAGUGUUUGCUUGGGACGAACGAGAAGCCGGUAUGAGACGAUGGACGGAUGGACGGACCUGGUCUCCCAGCCGCGUCCUUGGUAGUUUUUUGACCUACCGUGAAUUGGAUACGAAACGGCGCCCUCGUCGACCUUCUUCCAGCAGCAAUCACAGCAGUUGCAGCAAUAUGUUAUCGUUGAGUAAAGCUUCCGCGGCUUGCUCUUACAAACGAGACGGAUUGAUCAAGCAGAGCUUUUCCAUUUGCACAGCUACGAAUCAGAAAUUACACCUUAUUUCGUAUUAUUCCAAGGCCGAUGUUCUCGCUGGUCGUUUGAAGCAGCCUUCCAUGGAUCCAAUGCUUGGUCACAUUAUGGUGCCCAAAGGUCUUUAUCCGGAAUUGAAUCCCCUCGACACAAGUGGUGGUCAUUCGGCCACUAUUCACAAUAUGCGACACGAUUAUGCCCAUUCCCCGUCCAACUGUGCUACACCUACCAGUGAAGUGUCUCACAUCGCUUGGGGAAAAUUACCGUCUUCUGAAGAUCAACGACAGCUUAGAGCCAUUCAGGGACAAUUACGGUUAUAA